ACACAAUUGUUAUACUAUUUGCAGAAUACAGGCAUUUGGACGUCCAUAACAGUAAAAGUGUGCAUACAUCAUUGAGUGUGAGUCCAAUGUCAGAAAUAGAUAGCCAGCCACUGUACGAGACAAGUUUCUUGUUUCAAAUCAUCCACCUUUUAGGUCAGAGUUGAGGGUGAGGCGUGACUGGUUACCAAGGCGACGGCCCAGCCAACAUGGCCAGCUCGUAGUAGAGAUUAGAAAUGUCUUCAUUAGCCUAGGUUAGAGACCAUAAAGGCAUAUUUUCCCCCAAGCCUUUCAAUCUUGGAGUUAGUUAGCUGAAAUACAUGCCACAACACCACAAAUAGAACAAUGAGAUUAGUUAUACACAUCUUUGACAACAAUGUGUCAUGAAAAUAUCGCAAUGUGUUAUUUAAAUAUAGGCCUAGAUAGUAACGUUAUGGAUAAUUGAUUUAUAUGGAGUGUACACUUUGAAGAAUGGAUAAUUACAAGAUAAUCAAGAAAAUUGGAGAAGGGACAUUUUCAGAAGUGGUUAAGGCUCAAAGCCUGAAAGAUGGGAAAUAUUAUGCUUGUAAAACGAUGAAGCAGUCACUCAGCAGCCUGGAACAGGCCAACAACCUACGAGAAGUCCAGGCCAUGAAGAAACUGAACCCUCACCCCAACAUCAUUCAGCUGCAUGAAUUAAUAUUUGACAAAGAAUCAGGGACCCUGUCCUUGGUAUGUGAGCUGAUGGAGAUGAACAUCUAUGAGUACAUACGAGGGAGGCAACAACCUUUGCCAGAAAGUAAAAUCAGACACUACAUGUAUCAACUUUGCAAGUCACUCGAUCACAUGCAUAGCAAUGGGAUCUUCCACCGUGAUGUUAAGCCAGAGAACAUUCUAAUCAAACAUGAUGUGCUCAAACUAGGAGACUUUGGCUCGUGCAGGAGUUUGCACUCCAAGCCCCCCUACACAGAGUACAUCUCCACCCGCUGGUACAGAGCCCCAGAGUGCCUCCUCACAGAUGGCUAUUACUCACACAAGAUGGACAUGUGGAGUGUAGGAUGCGUUUUCUACGAGAUCAUCAGUCUCAGCCCUCUGUUUCCGGGUACCAACGAGUUGGAUCAGGUGACCAAGAUCCAUGAUGUUUUGGGUACACCUGACAGCAGUCUUCUUCAAAAAUUCAGGCAGUCUAGGGCGAUUCGUUUUGACUUCCCUCCACGGAAGGGCAGUGGGAUCUCUCGGCUCAUCCCAAACUGUUCUGCGCCCAGUCUGUCAUUGCUCUACCAGAUGCUGGCCUACGACCCAGAGGAGCGCAUUGGCUCACGAGCGGCACUACAGCACGCCUAUUUUAGAGAGCUACGGCUGGCAGAGAGGAGAGCUGAUAGUCUGCACAGGGCCAUUGGGACUGUAGAGGGAGGACAGAGCAGUGGGACCCCCAACUCUGUGGAUCACAUGUGGCGCAUGGCCAGACAGGGCAGGAGGCAUCACAACAUAAAGCAUGUUGCCGAGCCUCGGAUCAGACGCAACAUCCAACAUUAUCCAGUGGAAUUACCAAAGCUCAAUGUGGUAGUGCCUGCACCCCAGAUCACCUACCCUGUUACCACAGUGUCAGCUCUUACCAUCAAUCACCGUGGGUCCCCCCUUCCAGUCAUCACGUCAAAAAAGUGCCACUUGCGGUUGGCUAAGCCAAGGGAUGAGUCCUACCGCUCUGCUUUCAAGACCUACUACAUGCCUCCUUUGGACAGGAAACGCGGUGGCUACUGAGAGCACCAAUUCUUAAGAACCGUUGCUGUUUAACAGAACAUACCUGUAGCUACUGUACAUACUCUAAUCUGCUUUGUUUGAAAUGUUAAGACAAUGUUGUUUGAACAAAGCUAUUCAGCUUCUGUAAAGCCUGCUACUUUCUGGUGAGAAAUGCAAACAGGGCUUUUGACAAAGGAAUAUCACAUAGCAAUAAUUACCAGGGUUAAUUUGUACAAGUCAUAAUUCCUGCAGAUGAAAUAUAACAUGAUCCCCAAAGUACAUUUGACUCUGUCAUCAGUGUUAGCCUAAUGAGAUAUUGCCUAUUAACCAUUAAUUACCCAGCCAUUUCCUAACUAAAUUAGGUGUCAUGUUAACAAGUUUGCUCAAAAUGUAGCUAAUGACUACUCGCAUGCAAUGCAGAAAUUCAAGGAUGAGCUCGGAUAUAGUUAAUCAAGUGAUGACAGAGCCAGCAUUAGUUCAUUGAUUCAGCACAGUGUAGUGUAUGCUAGUGCUUGACAAAAUUAGAUUUUGGGAAAUUCACUUUUUUGCUCACAGAGCAUAUCUUUAUAAUAAAAUCUAAAGUUGCAGAUUUCCUAGUGACUUCCAAAGCAAGUGUCAUGUGCAUGACAAUAAUUACAAAAGAAACUCCUUAAACUCUCAGAAUGUGCAUUAGUACCACCCCUUUUACAAAAGAUCUGUAGAAUAUACUACUGCAUUGCCAAAGGAGUAUAAAAUGUAACUGUAUUUUGUAACAUGUUCUGUGAAUGUUUUUCCCUUUUUUAAUGAUGUCAAAUUACAUAGGAUUUUCCAAAACUGUGACAGCUUUUUGAGACAGAGGUACACUACAUGACCAACAUUUUGUGGACACCUGCUCGUUGAACGUCUCAUUCCAAAAUCAAGGACAUUAAUAUGGAGUUGGUCCCCCCUUUGCUGCUAUGAACAUCCUCCACUCUUCUGGGAAGGCUUUCCACUAGAUGUUGGGCAAUUCAUCGCAAAUGUGUUCUAUGGAGUUGAGGUCAGGGCUCUGCAGGCCCGUUUGUUCUUUGCCACUGAUCUUGACAAACCAUCUGUAUGGACAUAGUUGGCGUUCCAAUGGCGGCAAGCUUUACAACACUCCAGCCAACACAUGGUGCUCUUAGACUUGGGUGUGGCUGCUGGACCAUGGAAACCAAUUUCAUGAAGCUCCUGACGAACAGUUCUUGUGCUGACGUUUCUUCCAUGGGCAGUUUGGAACUCUGUAGUGAGUGUUGCAACCGAGGACACAGAACGGUGGUCCCAUUCUGUG